GUUGCAGACGUGGUUGAUGAUGAUAUGGACAGAGAUAUUUUUCAUUUUGGCAACAAACGUAACAAUGCAUUGUUCAAGAAUUUAUGGUUUUGACACGUUAGCUUACUCUGAAUCUUGGCAAAUUUUCUGGACAAGUGCAUUUUAGCUUGAAAAUUAAUAACAAACUGGGAAAUUGAGUGGUGCAAGGAUAAUCCACGACUUUAUUAAUUGGCACCAAAUAAAAUAAAAUAAAAGCAAAACUCGAUGGAUUCGAAAUCUAAGACUAGCUUACUAGUCUUAAUAAAGAUCAUCCUGGUAUUCACAAGCUGUUUGAUCCCAGUAUUAGCUUCUUCCAAUCAUAAUGAGAAAUUAGUGUCAGUGGACUUAUACUAUGAGACCCUUUGUCCUGACUGCGGAGAUUUCAUACUCAAUCAUCUGGUUAAGCUUUUCCACACCAAACUCAUCUCUCUGGUUCAUCUCAAUUUAGUCCCUUACGGUAACGCCAGACUUGGAUCCAACCACACCAUCUCUUGCCAGCAUGGUCCCUAUGAAUGCUUAUUAAACACCGUGGAGGCAUGUGCAAUUGAUGCCUGGCCUGAGUUGAACAAGCAUUUUCCUUUUAUCUAUUGCAUUGAGGCUUUGGUGCAAGAGCGCAAGUAUCUUCAGUGGGAAACUUGUUAUGAGAAAUUGGGCUUGGAUCCAAAACCUGUCAAUGAGUGCUACAAGAGCGAGGCUGGUAAAGAGCUUGAAUUGCAAUAUGGAGCUGAAACAGAUGCCCUUCAACCUCCUCAUAGAUAUGUGCCUUGGGUAGUCGUUGAUGGCCAGCCACUUUAUGAGGACUAUGAAAACUUCCUGAGCUACAUCUGCAAGGCCUAUAAGGGCCCCGCUGUGCCGACAUCUUGCAGUGAGUUAUCACUAAGAAAUUUCGAUGUGGUAGGAGCAAAGCCAGGCCAUUUUGUGAGCUACAAAGAUCAAGAGAAAGGGCUAGCCUUAUGGGCAAGAAUAAGAUCAGCCAUGGCAUCAUGGAUGAGCCAGAUGAAUAUGGUGGCCCUGGAAUAGGAAGAAGAGCUCUGGAUCAGUGUCUGUAGUAAGUUGUCACAGCUAUUUGGCUAUGUGCUAAUUGUUCAGACUUUGUAAUCUCUAGCUAAGGUACUAUUAGUUGGUGAGCUAUAAUUACUCCUCUGUGUGUGUGUGCAUGAACUAAAACAAAUAAUGACAAGAAUGAUGAAUAUGGUGAUAAUACUUGUACUAAUUAA